AUGUCGGCAGCAGCAUCGACAUCGCGUCAUCCUCGUCGUCAUCGCGAUGGCGAGCGCGAACAGCUGUUGUUCAAAACGACGACCGCGAGGACACAAACGGUUGAACAUGGGUCGUCGUCGCUUGAUUGUGAUGAGGACGACAACAAGAACGUUUUGGGGAAAAUCUCAACCUUUUUCCUCCUGUUGUUCGUCCUCAGCGUUGCGAGCGCGCUCGGGGUUGUUCUGACGAAUGAUAAUACUGCGACGACGAAAACGAGAGCGCUUUCAAUGCUCGGAAGCAGUUCGAGCGGUUUGAGCGCGAGCGCGAACAGUUACGUGCCGUAUUCCGUGGAACUGAUUCCAACGUUUGCAGAGCAAAGAAAACCACUGACUGAUUUUACGUUUUACGCGGCGGUUGGAUCGUGCCUGAGCGAAGCGCCGAAGGACGGUCGAUGCAUCGAUUACGGAUCGAGAAGCACUCACGGUGCUUCGAUUUCGGAAUGGAACGUGAGUUUAGUGACGAACAUGGAUAAAGCGUUCGAAAAUCGCUGGGAGUUUAACCCCUCGGAGUCGUUGAGCGGGUGGGAUACGAGCGGAGUGACUUCUAUGCACUGGAUGUUUUUCAACUGCCAUGAGUUUAACGGCGACGUGAGAGAAUGGCAAACCGGGAACGUGCAAGAUAUGAGCGGUAUGUUUUAUAACGCGACAAAGUUUACGAGAAAAAUUGACCGGUGGGACACGAGUUCGGUGACGAACAUGCACGGCAUGUUUCAAUUCGCGGCGAGUUUUAACAAGAACAUUUUAGGGUGGGAUACCGGGAAAGUGGCGAACAGCGCGAAUAUGUUUAAAAACGCGACGGAUUGGUACAAGAAGUUUUCAUGUCCGAACGAUUCGAGCGUCCCGAACGAGUGUUCGUGCACGGCGUGCGUGAAACAGGAGGAGUUUUUAGAGAGCAUAGAAGAGUGUUUGCGUUUAGCGCCCGGAGGGAAUUGCGAGAAAGGGUCGCACGGCGCCAUUCACUUGUGGGACGUGUCCCAAGUGACGGACAUGUCGUCCGCGUUUGAGAAUCGAGAAUCGUUCAAAGACGUCGGUAUUAGCAAUUGGGACGUCAGUUCGGUGACUCGAAUGGACAACAUGUUUCGAAACGCGGUGUCUUUCAACGGCGAUAUUAGCAAAUGGAACGUUGAAAACGUUCAAUCGUCGCACCGCAUGUUCAAAAACGCCAAGGCGUUCGAUAAAGACAUUCGAGGGUGGGUGAUGAUGAAUUUGCCGUUAUCGACGACGCCGACGACGAAAACGAAAACAACGACGUCGACGAUGGGUUCUUCAGUAGUCAGCGAGAACCAAACCAACCACGCCUCUUGGGACAUGUUUACCGGUGCGGACGCGUGGUUGAUUAAAUACGGCUGCCCGCACUGCCAACAAUUCGAAGGCCCGCCGGGAAUGUGGUCCACUCUCAACGAACACCCUCCGCCUUCGCCGCCGUUGCCGUCGCCGCCCAUGUCGCCGACUCCCCCAUUCGACCCAUCGAAAUGUACGUCCACCCCUGCGUUCGAGAACUUACACGAGUGCGAGGAUACUUUACUCCAUAAAGAGGAUUGCUCCGUCGAUCCUUCCACGAACGAGGAAACGUGCGCGGUGGAAGUCAAAGUCCCGGUCCUUGGAUUUUGCGCGAUGAAAGCCGCCAUCAAUAGGCUGAACAAAAUCGAGUGCGGUUAUUUAUUAGAGGAGACCGCCUCGCAGACGCUCGAUUCCGUCACCACGCCGGUAAACUUGCGGGGCAUCGGAAACUACCUGGACGGACUCGCAACCGUCCUCGAGACUCAAAUAGCGCCGCAUCAAACGACGCCAAACGACGAAGACCCUUUCGACUUUAACGUCGCCGGCGGAGUCGGCGAAAAAGAAGAAGAAAAAACCGACGGCGUGUAUGGCAUGAUUACAGAUAAAAAGAAAGGUUGGUUUCCUUUUCUUUCUGAACACCAAAAUUGA